AUGAGCGCUAAGUAUGUAUUAGUCCUGCUGAUAGAUACCUGCAAAGCCAAUAACUGGACUCGACUCCUGCGCAAGGCCUCGGACAGGCCUAGACGGCGCCGAGACUCUAGCCUGCUCUGGAGUCGAGCGCCAUUCUGCGGUACAGACUGGCGUCAAAUUAAUUGGAAAAGUCGAACCCACUUUUUGUUCUGUCCGAAUAAUUUCGCGACUAUUAGCAGACCUGCUAGAAUCUGUAUGCCUCGGGCGGUGACGGCGACGCUGACGCUGACGCCGCCUGGUUGUUGUGGGGAGGACCUUUUUCGCGUCUCAAGACUUGUAGGCCUCGUGGCUUUCCUAUGUUUCAACAGACCCAGAGCCGACACCGGGGGCCGUAAGUCACUGGUGGCAAGGCUGGCGACGGCAUCACGUAGCGAAUACACUUCGCCUGAACCACUGAACACGCCAAGGCAGCGAAAUCUCACAGCAUGGAAAGAAAGGGACGUAGGUUAG